CCAGUUCCGACAGUCUCGUGACCUUAUAUAUGACAUGAAGGCUGGUGGGUGUGUGAGUCGUGGCGUACUGGCUUUUGACAUCAACUACGCCAUAACUCCAUCCAUACGAUUUGCUGAAUUUGUUAUUGCGAAAAAGUUCGUGAGCGUAAACUUAUUAGCACCUUCAAAACACGCGUGAUCAAAUUUCCGACAGUAUAGUAAAUGUAAACAGUUGAUGCGCGUUAUCAAUGGCUCAGUCUAUUGUUAUCAUUAUUUAGUUCAUCUUUGGAAAAUCUCUUAAUUUCCUUUUGUUUAUCUUCAACGAAUUUAGUAUUUUGAAUUUUGAUUACAACAAAAUGUGAAAUUUUUGCUUUGGAGUGAUAGACAGCACUGCAGUAUUAAUGGCAGUUGUCUGAUUUUUCAUCUCUUGCAUUUUCGUCUGCUUGCGUCCGUUAUUUUCGUGUUUUCGACAAAGACGACAAAGACAUCUAACUGAGGAAAAGCGAAAUCCUUUCGUAUAUCUAUAUUUUCGUGUAUCAGCAUGUCGGAAAGCAAGCCUGGUGUAUCUUUUGGUUUUAGUUCAAAACGGAAACAUGAUAACGUAAAACUGACUCAGUCAAAACUGCUGGAUUCCACGCAAGAAAUACAUGAAGAGACUGAUUUCAUAAAAACGGUUGAACAUAAUAAAAUCAAUGGAUCUGUUAAAAAACCAAAGAAAAAGGAAUUGGUGAUCCCACUUAUUUCGAAGAAUAGGUGGAGAAUUCCUGGCACAGCUAACGAUGGAAAAGCAGAAAAUUUAGAACCUUCUGAACUUGACAAGCAGGCAGAAAAUGAAAUUCUUCAAGAGACACUGAAAGCUGUUGAUGGCUGGGAGAAUAGAGGCAAUGGGGUACCCUCUAACAUUGAUAUUCCACUAUUCAUGCAAAAUCGUGUUCCAUCUGGAUUUGAAACAGACGAGAAAGUUGACGUUACCCUUCGUGCUGACCAGUCUACACUAGACGAUUAUGAAGCAAUCCCUGUGGAAGCGUAUGGAAUGGCAAUGUUAAGAGGAAUGGGUUGGAAAGCUUCAGAGGGUAUUGGCUUGUCAAGAAAAGGAGUGGCUGCUCCAAUGGAAGUAAAACUUCGUCCAAAAGGUUUGGGACUUGGUGCAGACCGAACUGUCCUGGAGAACGCAGCUAAAGCCUUAACAAAACCAAAAGAUGGUGAGGAAGAGCUCAAAGUGGUGGUAGGUGCCAAUGUGCAAUUACUUAGUGGGAAACACCAAGGCUUAUAUGGACAGGUUCUUAGCAUGGAUGCCAAUACUGGCCGUGCCCUCGUUCGUAUGGCUGUGGGAAGCAACGAAAUUGAAAUAAGCGAGCUCUUUCUCAAGCCAGUGACUGUGAAAGAAUACCGAGAUUCUGCCAGAGUGCUUAACAAGGAAAAAUACGAUGAGUAUAAGACUAAGCAAGAAAAGGAGCGAAGCGAGAAAGAAAAAAGAGAUCAUCAUGACAGCAGAAAGAAACGGAAACAUAGCCGGAGUCCUAGACAUGGGAGUCGCCGCCGAAGCAGCAGUCGAGAGCGAAGAGAAAUUCGAGAUGACAAGAAAGAUUCUCGCUCAAAGAAGCCCUCGAAAAGUUCGGACGUGAAAAGAGAACCUUGGCUUCAUCCACUUUUGCGAGUCCGCUGCGUCGAUUCAUCAUUCAAGGACGGCCAAUUCUACAAGCAAAAAAUGGUGGUCGUGGACGUGGUUUCGAAGAAUCAUUGUAUUUGCAAAACCGAAAGUGGUCGACUUUUAGAAAAUAUUUCGAUUUCAAAAUUAGAGACCGUUAUACCACGCAGUGAUCCUGCCUACGUGAUGGUUGUCAAGGGCAAGCGGAAAGGACAGGUCUGCGAAGUGAUUGAGAGGGACAAAGAGCGAUACACGGCUACUGUCCAGAUACUGCCGGAUCGCGACGAAGUUUUCCAGUUAGAUUACGACGAUAUAUGCGAAUACACAGGUGACGUGCGGAAUUUGUAAUCAAAUAACACUCAAACUUGUUUUUAAUGUCAAUAAAAUUGCUAUUCGUGUUUUCUUUUCUAAACGAAUGACGUCAACAUCUAA